ACAGCCGAGAAGGUUAACCCGGAUGUAGUGAGUUUCUGCCACCUAACCAACUCGUAUGGUGCCCUGAUCACUGGCAUGGACGUAGAGAAGGUGCUGCAGCAUAUGGCCAAGACGCCCGGCAUAGCUAUGCACAUCAAUACCAUGUACCAUCUUAUCACGAACAUCAAUUCUACGGCUGGGUUGACUGUACUACGCAGUUUACUGGAUGAUCGCCUGAAUCUGGGGCUGAAAGAUCGAGUCCGGAUCAAACAGUUUAAAGCGGUGUUGCUGAGUGGCCUUGACCAGUCACGGUCGACUGUGCAGAGCCAAAUGAUAGACACUACACUAUUGUCAUCUAUCAUGCAGGAGAUAGUGAAACGCAACAUCUCUGUGAAUGAAGAGUUCUACAUUACUGUGCUGAAGUAUGUGGCCGUGCGUGGGGCGCCCGAUGAGGUGGUACGGCUCAUGAGCGAGUUUGGUAAACUGUUCACCGACCCCAACUACCGCGAGUACAAGCGUGAGGUCUUUGACGAGGUUAUAGCCAUCAGCUCGAGCAUAGACAACGCUGAGGCAGUCCUGGAGGCAAUGCCACAGGUAUUGGGAAUUAAACCCACCCGAUCCACACUGUCUACCAUCCACCAUCUGUGUGUGUUACAUAAGAACCUGGCGAAGGCAGAGAUGUACAAGGAGCAGAUACAGGAGCAUGACGCCAACGAUCCCUACUACACAAUAAGAAAGCGGUAGCUAUAUCAUAUAUAUAUAUAUAUGCAUAUAUGUAUAUGCGCAUACACGAGUGUUCGCGCUUGUGAAUAAAAUUGGGUGUUGGGUUUUGGUUGCACCGGGUAUUUAGUUACUGGGGAGGGUUUGGAGAUCGCAGACAAACAUUUGAAGUGCGGUACUAGCCCCUUCUGGUGUGGAUGGGGAAGGCACAGGCAUGAGCUGCGGGACGUGAUAACGCGAACCUGUAUCCCAAUUUCUAAGCGGCUCCUGAAGCAGAGCGAAGCCGAACCGGCGAUGACUACAGGCUGAGAGACGGGUCGAACUCAAUCGUGCAUGAUAUAGUUUUGGCUGAGAAAGCCAAUGUAAGGGUCUAUAUCUCCACAUAGUUGAACCCAAAAGUGUGCUUAAAAGUAUGCUUUUAUGGUUGAUCCACCAUUGUCGUUGUGGCUGUUUGUGCACGAUCCCCCUACCCUACGUUGAAGGGACGUGCCGUAGUUCUACGGCGUAGGUAUGGAUUGUUUCAGUUGGCAGCAUGCCUGUUCAGUGGCUCAGGCUGAGAAUUGCUCUAAGGUUUUUGGUUUGUAGGGUUUUAUGCUAAGACCCUACGUUCAAGGGUCGUCCAGUUGUCCUACGGCGUAUUGUUGUUAAUCCUAACAGCAGAUAGCAAGCCGGGUAUAUCAAAUCUCAAUACAGGACACAGAGCCACACACCAAUUGAUUACUUUGGAUCCCCUUCUGCACAUCAGGGAAGGCGAUGAUACGUCCAGCGUAUAGAUAUAGC